UUCAAAAUGGUGGUGUUUUCAAAUAAAAAAUUGCACAUCGACUGUUUAUUUUAUACUUUUUCUUUGUAUUUUGUCUAAAUUUUCGAUGCAAGAACCACUAAGCGCUUCCUAAAGUGUUCAUCUUCAAUUUAAAUAUGAUUCGAAAUCGUGUUGAAGAUUUCAGCGCUCAAAAACAGAUCCCAAGAGUUGGACAGGAAGCAAUGUUCUUGGAUCAAAUCCAUAUAUCUUUGCAAAAACCUAUUCCUGAACGAUGCGAAGAUGUCAGAAGAAUGAAACAGGAAUGGAAUAUCAAGGACAGCACCAGGGCGGCUGACCGAGGCCAUGACACAAUCUACACGGCCUUGUUCUCAGAAUUCUUGGAGUAUUUUCUUCCAACGCAAUCCAUAACAUUGUCAGCACAUUCGUCUGGAAAUAGAUCACAGCAGGAGCCGAAAUUAACGCCAAGGAAGUACUUUAAUGGUGUUGGUGACGCAGUUCCACCGUCCUAUUCAGGUCUCAUUAAGUCCAUUGACAGCAGGCAAACCACCGCGGCUGGUCCCUCGUAUGAACAAUACUCAAUCCAGGCUCGUUAGUCUGAACUGUUCUUUCAGAUUUUUACCGAAUUCUGGAUGAACCACGAUGUUUAUAGAGAAGGCUCGCAGACGUUCAUUCCUCUCGGCCAGGUAUAUCACUAACAAGAUUUCAUCGAUGUUUGUUAGUUUUUUUUAACUCUAUCUCGACAAUCCUUAUCGAACACACUCCUAAAAACUCACAAGUUGCAACAAGUCUGUAAACAGGUUGUUACAAGUCUGUUACAUGCACUGGAGGCUUUCCGUCAUUUCCUCGGUCCCCAUGGUCCGGU